GGCAAGGCUGUGACUCAUGCCUGCGUGAAGAGACCAAUGGGCAGCCGGAGCUUGAGAUAUAAAUAACGAAUAAAAAAAAAAUAUUCUUGAGGGAGAAAGGGUCACUUGCGCGCUGCUGGAUUGGGAUUUUAUUAGUGCGCUCCGCUGGUAUUCCGCCAUCGCCGCCACUGGACUCUUUCUUGUCGUGCCUUUGGGUGGCAGCUGUAACAUCUAGUUCUAGUUUCUCUGUUAGUCGACAACCUGUGCGCCCGAGAGCCGUUGAAUUAUUUCCCAGCUGUGGAUCAGAUAACAGAGGACUGAUGGCCACGUCCGAACCGAGAGCCACCGGCGGGGACCAGGACCCCAACUCCGCCAAUUUAAGACCUCCGUCCUCAACUUACGAAUAUGCGUGGAUGCACGGAUGCACACGGAAACUGGGGAUGAAGAUUUGUGGGUUCCUGCAGAAGAACAACAGCCUGGAUGAGAAGGGGAGGCUCGCGGGCCAGAAGAACUUGCUCUCGUGCGACAACAGUGACAGGGACGCGCGCUUCAGCCGCACCGAGACCGACUUCUCCAACCUGUUCGCCAGAGACCUACUGCCAGCCAAAAAUGGAGAGGAGCCUACCAUUCAGUUUUUGUUGGAGGUGGUCGACAUCCUCACCAACUACGUCAAGAAGACUUUCGACCGCUCCACCAAGGUGCUGGACUUCCACCACCCUCACCAGCUCCUGGAGGGCAUGGAGGGCUUCAACCUGGAGCUGUCCGACCAGCCCGAGUCCCUGGAGCAGAUCCUGGUGGACUGCAGGGACACGCUCAAAUAUGGCGUCCGGACAGGUCACCCACGCUUCUUCAACCAGUUGUCCUCUGGUCUGGACAUCAUUGGUCUGGCCGGCGAGUGGCUCACCUCCACUGCUAACACCAACAUGUUCACCUAUGAGAUCGCUCCAGUGUUUGUGCUGAUGGAGCAGCUGACUUUGAAGAAAAUGAGAGAGAUGAUUGGCUGGCCCGGCGGAGAGGGAGAUGGACUCUUUUCACCAGGGGGUGCCAUCUCCAACAUGUACAGUGUGAUGAUCGCACGUUACAAGUAUUUCCCAGAGGUCAAGACCAAGGGCAUGUCUGCUGCUCCCCGCCUUGUCCUCUUCACGUCUGAACACAGCCACUACUCCAUAAAGAAGGCAGGAGCCGCUCUGGGCUUUGGCACUGAGAAUGUGAUCCUGCUGAGCACAGAUGAGAGGGGGAGAGUCAUUCCUGCAGAUCUGGAGGCCAAGAUCAUUGAUGCCAAACAGAAGGGUUACGUGCCAUUGUUUGUGAACGCCACAGCUGGUUCAACUGUGUACGGUGCAUUUGACCCCAUCAAUGAGAUCGCUGACAUCUGUGAGAAGUACAACUUGUGGCUCCAUGUUGAUGGAGCGUGGGGUGGUGGACUACUAAUGUCCAGGAAGCAUCGCCAUAAGCUCAGUGGAGUUGAGAGGGCCAACUCUGUCACAUGGAACCCUCACAAGAUGAUGGGCGUGCCUCUACAGUGUUCUGCCAUCCUGGUCAGAGAGAAGGGAAUCCUGGCAGGCUGUAACUCCAUGUGUGCUGGCUACCUGUUCCAACCAGACAAACAGUAUGACGUCACAUACGACACAGGGGAUAAAGCCAUCCAGUGUGGUCGACAUGUCGACAUCUUUAAGUUCUGGCUCAUGUGGAAGGCCAAGGGCACCAUAGGCUUUGAGCAGCACAUUGAUAAGUGUCUGGACCUGUCUCAGUAUCUGUACAACAAGAUCAAGAACAGGGAGGGAUAUGAGAUGGUGUUUGAUGGAGUGCCCCAGCAUACCAACGUUUGUUUCUGGUACAUACCGCCCAGCCUGAGAGGCAUGCCAGACAGUGAUGAGCGGCGAGAAAAACUCCACAGGGUGGCGCCAAAGAUCAAGGCCAUGAUGAUGGAGUCAGGGACCACCAUGGUGGGCUACCAGCCUCAGGGCCAUAAAGUCAACUUCUUCCGUAUGGUCGUCUCCAACCCCGCGGCCACCCAGUCUGACAUCGACUUCCUCAUUGACGAGAUUGAGAGGCUGGGUCACGACCUGUAGACCAUCAGCCGCCUCUGCAGCCUGCCGGUCUUUUAUCUGUUGUGUUUCCGAUGCAAGUGUCAAUGAGGUGAAACAUUCACAGUGCUGCAGACGGAGUGAUGAUAGGACAAGUUUCUCUAGGAUCGUUUCUCCAACUGAAGAGAAGAUGAGGAAGAUUUUGAGUUUUGAACUGUCCCACAUAGUUCCUUCUAUAGACAAAAUAUAUGAACCGGUAUCUGAAAGCUCCAGGUACAACAAACAUGCUCUAAUGUAUGUGUGUGCUGUGGAAUCUUGUUCUUAUGUGUGUGUGUGUGUGUGUGUGUGUGUGUGUGUGAUCUAGUUUCACGUCCAAUGUAGUUUGUCUUUUGAUGUGUAUGUGUGUGUGUGUGCCUGAGUGAAUGUGGUCAAACAACAAAAGGGAGAAAAGCACAGAUCAAAAUACAAAGUAUCAUGGAUUAUUCUGCUCUAUCAUACAUUUGCUACACACAAUUGAAUCAUUGGUGCUUUCAGCUGUACAUAUAUUUAAUCUUAGUGCACCGACCUACUUGUCCUGAACCAGUGCCCAAGCCUCUGAAACAGUGUGUGUGUGUGUGUGUGUGUGUGUGUGUGCAGGUGUAUGUGGCACACUGAGUGUAUCCUGUCAUGUAUUUUAGGCUAGCACUGUGUUGAAAAAUAAGCUAAUGUGCAAACCAUAGGUACCAAGUGUGUUAAGCUGAGAGGUUUUAGGUAACCUCCUGCAAAUGAUCCACAGUCUGCAAUAUAUUUUCCCCUGUAGAAGUUUAAGAUUAAGAUUUAAAAUGUCUACAGCUAUCCCAAGUCUGUGACAACUUUUAACCUGUAAAACGCUGGCUCGUUGUCUGUUUCAUGCAAUCAUGUGAUGCCCAUAUGUGUUUAUAACAUUGUUAAAAUAGUAAUAUUUGAUUAUAUAAGAACAAAUAUUUAUUGCAUUUUCACUGUUUGCAGAUUCAGGUAUUUUUUUGUAAAUGUAUCUUUAUGUGUAUUACAUGGUAAUACAUUUGUAAAUGUAAUCACAGGAACUUGAGCAAAGUUUAUUUAUAGUGAUUUUGUCAGCCAAAGAAAGAGAAUCGGGAACAGAGCAAUCCAUUGUCCUUCAUAUAUAACUUCUUAUUUAUUAUAGGUGUUUGUAAAAUGUUACCUAUUGACCCUUGACUGCGAUGCAAUUUCUAUAGUGUGUUUCUUUCUGUGAUUGUGAGUCUUUUUGACUGAAUGUUUUGAGAUGACUGACUGGCCUUCUGAUGAGAUUAAGAAUGAAGUCUAUAUAAUCCUCUGGCAGUCGUGCUGGUUGUGAGAAUGUACUCUCCUCUCGAGACUGGGAAGAAAGGAUUGUUGUAUCUGUCUGAAUCCUAAUGCAUUUACUGUAAUAUAGUAUAUUAAUUGUAAUACAUAUUACUUGUAUUCUCAGUGUUAUGGGAGCUCAAUGGAAUAUCUUAUAUAAAGAGUUCCUGUUUGUGUCUUUGCACAAUGUUCACCUUUCUUUCUUCCAUUGUAAAUGGAUGUGUACUAUGGCAGUAUUAUAUAAUAAUUAUGUUAACAAAGUAUUUAUGGUAUU